UAUUAAAAAUACAGAUGAUAAAAUUAGUUAGAAAAAAACUAUUCCCAUAGAACUCUUCUAAACUAUAAUAGUGUCCAUCGUAUAAUAAAUCUUCAAUUGACUUCUGAAAUUUACAGUUAUUCUCUAAAAUCUUCAGGUAAAUGAUUGAACAUCUUAAGAUCAUUAUAAUAUAAGAAGUAUUUGACUAAAGUAAAAGCUGGUACGGGUAAAUAACACAGGUCAUUAGCUUGACGAAAAGGCAUACUCAUUGGAGUAGUAGCUAAAUAUCAAUUUGUGUUUGUUAAUCACAGACUGUUUCUAAAAUUAAAAUUCCAAACACUGUCAAAAUGUUAUAGUUCAAACGAAAGAGCCUCGAAUAACUCCCGGGAGUCUCUAGGAGAUUUAGUUGAGCAGGCGAGGAUCUUAUCUUUUCACGCGCGACCUCAAUUACUUCAAAUAAUCACAUAUUCACGAUAAUCAGAACUGUGAGCCACCCUGUAUACUUGCCAAAGUUUCUUGGCUUCUCCUUUUACAGUUUCACAAACAAUAAUUCAACCGCUGAUUUGCUAACCCUUUCGAAAUAUCCGUUUCAUUUCUUUACUUAGGCAGUUACUUCCUACAUUCUCGAUUUUAGCUACCUUUCUAGUGCAAAACCUCAAUAUCCGGCACAUCGUAAUCCAAUAUCGAAUUCACAGUCGCAGUUCAGGCCCACGGCCCAGCAGGUAAUGCUCCUCAUUUCAAUUUCCCAUGCAAGAACCUGACCUUGGAUGAAUAAUGAUCUUACAGCCACGCUGAAGUAAACGGCAAACACUAUUAAAAAGGUAAAUGAUCGACGAACUCACAUUGUUUCGAGAAACUUGAGUUUCAUCAUAGUUAUAGACAGUUCGCUGUCUGUUUAAAAGGAAUAAUAAACAGUAUACUGGCAUUUACAAAGUGGACUGAGACGCAGUAGUGUGAAUCCAAGAACAAUGUAGUUUUGUGCGGAAAUGUAGAGAUCAAGGUGACCCGGUGUUACAGUUGGGAAAGAAAGUUCUUGUCUUACAAUGGCAAGAUGGAUCCUACUAGUGGCAACUCUGACACUCCUCGAAGUCCAAACAAACUUUGAAGCCAAGCAGAUCUGCAAAUUUCACCUCAGCGUCCUACAAGGACAACAAAUGACUUGCAGCAACGCCAAUUCGAACUUCUUUCACAACUUCGACAUUCCUCUAAACAGAACACACUGGGUGAAAUGCAGCAACUGCACUCUGGACGUAUUGGAUGAGAGCACUUUCACUUUCCCCAAAAGAAACAACAUCAAGAUUUUGGAUUUGUCUGGGGCGAGCAUCAAGGUUUUGAGAAAAUUCGCCUUCAGGAAGUUCCUUCUCUUGAAGUUCCUGAACCUUCACAACAACAGCAUACAGACGGUAGAAAGCAUGUGCUUUGACGGAAUCAAAAUGCUGACCCAGCUCGACUUGAGCAGGAACUAUCUGAAAAUACUGAUGAACAAUCUUUUCUUGGGGUUGGAAAAUCUCGAUAUUCUGAGCUUGAAUCACAACAAGGUAGUUUUCAUCAACUCCGAAGCUUUCAACGGGCUCAACAACUUGAAAUAUUUGUAUCUGAGUCACAAUAGUUUGAGCAAGUUGGAGGAAAACAUGUUUAAGCCUCUGAAGAACUUGAAAAUUCUCUACCUGGAAAAUAACAAAAUUGCCAGCAUUCAUCCCAAAGCCUUCACGGACUUGAGGAGCUUGAGCUUUCUUUACAUGAACAACAACAGUAUUAACUACUUGGUACAAUAUAACUUUAAGUCGCUUGCUAGUCUUGUAGAUCUGCAAUUAAGGUAUAAUAAUCUGACAGAGAUUCAAACCAGUUCCUUCAAUGGUCUGGGGAGUCUCAAAUCUCUACAUUUAGGCAACAAUAAUUUGGUCCAGAUUAAACCAUACGGUCUCAUAGGAUUGGACAGUCUCGAGAUCCUA